GCGCAUGCGUGGUUAUUUGGCGGGAAGUGAAGACGAACAGUUCACAUGUAGAGAAAACUUGAGGAAGGAAAACGUUAUUUUGACUUCCAUUUUAUCUAGGAAAUUCCGUAAAGAUUAUAAAGAUGAAACCGAAGGCAAGAAGUGAGCUUGGUGAUGUAACGGUGCAUAACAUCAAACAGCUGAAGAAACUUAAUUCUGUUGUCUUUCCAGUGACUUACAAUGAAAAGUUUUACAAGGAUGUUCUUGAAGGAGGAGAACUUGCAAAACUUGCAUAUUACAAUGACAUAGUGGUUGGUGGAGUUUGCUGUAGAGUGGAUAAAUCAGAAGAAGGAAGACGCCUGUACAUCAUGACUCUAGGAUGUUUAGCACCCUAUAGAAGAUUAGGAAUAGGAACUGUUAUGCUUGAGCAUGUCUUAAAGAUUUGUGAAAAGGAUGGAAAUAUAGACAACAUUUAUUUACAUGUCCAAGUAAGCAAUCAAGGAGCCAUUGACUUCUACAAAAAGUUUGGCUUUGAAAUCAUUGAAACUAAGAAGCAAUAUUACAAGCGCAUAGAUCCAGCAGAUGCCUACGUGCUGCAAAAGACACUGAAAAGAUCAGACAACAAGAAAGAAUGAACCUUUUGCUACAAGAAUUCAAAAUGACUGAUUCCAAGAACUUUAUCAAUGAUAAGAGGAUUGUUGCUUUCAUAGUAUGAAUGCAAUUCUAUAGCAACAACAGUAAAAAAUGUAUUAAGAAUGCGGUUUGUACAUCAUGCUCCUGCAAUAAUUGUGUUAGUGGAAUAUGAGCAAAUGAAAUAUUCCAUGAAAUGCAAAUUGAAAACUUCUGAUAUCAGAAGUUUUGCUCGUUUUUUGCAUUUAUUUUUCGUUACUUUUUUUUACUCUUUUUUACUCCUGUAAUACUUGCACGACCCUGCACCAGACAAUUUUCCAAUCAUAAUAUGAGAAACUGUUAAUGGGUAGAAGAGUGCAAAACAUAUAUGUGAAUGCACCAUUACUAGCUAUUUAGCAUUCAUUUUAAUAUAGUUAUCAACUAUUUAGUUGUCAAAUUAACUGAGGCAUGAACCAAACAAAGAUGCUUACAGAUAUAUUUGCUUUGAUGUUUUGUUCCAGUAAUAUCCACUAUUCCACAGAUAUAUGGCGUGCACUCUACGAUUAUUAAAAUAGGGUUAAUUCAGCUUCGAUAUCUGAAGAAAUGAGUUAUCUAAGUAGUCACAGAGGAUGUUCUUCCAGGCCCAAUAGUGUUUGUUGUCAAUACAGUAGACCACGUGUCACACAACUGGCAUGAUCUAAAGACCUGGUUUUAAAAAAUCCUUUGACAAAGAAGUUCAUAUAAUACUUGCCUUUGCUUUUUAACCUUCAGUGUUGCAAGUACUGAUACCUACCCCCUCCCCUCCCCAAAAAAUUGUGUAAAUCAAUUUGAGGUAUUUUAUUAUUGUUCCUUAUCAAUAUUUAGUGUCAUUAAAUAAACUACCAUGGAGAUCUAA